UGUAAAACUUUUUUUCUUAGAUCAUAUUCUUAUCCGCAAAGCGAGGUGAGGUGGAAACAUGAAGUGGUCGCACAUCGGCCUUUUGUCCAUUGCAGUUUUGGUGAAUUCUGCUUGGAGUCAAGGGGUAGAAAAUGAAGCGCUUCAUGGAAACUCUCCUUCGUUAAAUGGGACCAUAGAUGUUAGUUCGUUAGAUGGGAUGCCAGAUGUUGACAGUUCCUUAAUUGGGAGCGAACCAUUUGACCGUAACCGUCCUAUAACGGACGGUGAGAUAAAAAGAAUACAAAGAGAAUUUGCCAAGUUAAUAGGUUUACGCCGUUAUCAAGAAAUAGCUCCCAUAAGGUUCAGGAAUCUUCUACGAGAUAUACUAGAGAUACCAGUAAUGAAAUUAUUCUCUAUUCAUAGCUCCUGUGAUAUGUGUAAAGAACUGGUAAACAUUAUUCAUGGCCGUGGAUAUGCCAAUAGCAAAGUGGCAGAAUUCAUAUGCCAAGUCUACUAUCUAAUGGCUAACUUAUCUUUUCCUACAUUUUGUUCGGCUAUGGAAAAACAAAACUUACCUGUGCUGGAGUACGUAUUUUACAACAUGUGGAACCGGAAUGUGUCCAAGAAAGUGGAUCCAGAGUUGGUCUGCGCGAUUGUUCUUCAAACAGAAAACUGUACAUAUCCCAAAGCAGCCCUAUCGUGGACUACACAGAUACCUAGAAAAAUACCUAAAUAUCCAAAGCAUGAAAAAGAUCCAAAUAAAAGAACCUUAAAAAUUCUACACUUAACUGGUCCACAUAUUUCAUAUGAUUAUGAAGAAAAUGGAGCAGUUGAUUGUGGCGCCCCCUUAUGCUGCAAAAAUGGACUUGGAGAAAAUAAAACAAACGGGAGAAAGGCUGGGCACUGGGGAGAGUACACUUGCGAUAUCCCUAAAUGGCUUUUCGGCGAUACUCUAGAGCAGAUAAGUAAAAAUCAUAAGAACUUGGAUUUCAUCUAUUUUACUGGAGGCAUUAAGGACCAUACACACUGGAAGUCAUCAACUUAUACACAACAGGCAGACAUAAUAUUUCAUACAUUUAAAACUUUAAUAGAAAGUUUCCCUGAGAUUCCCGUGUUUCCUGUAAUUGGAAACCAUGAACCGAGUCUUCCAAAUCAGUUUGCUCCUAAUCUACCAGACAUCUAUUCAAAAGGUCUCUCCAAUAAAAUGCUGUAUGUUGACUUUGCGGCAUUCAGUCAAUCGUGGUUACACGAGAAUACGUUGAAGACUAUUCAAAGUCAAGGCUACUAUGCUCAUACGGUCAGUGGUAGAUUAAAAGUUAUUGGAUUAAACAAUAAUGUAUGCUACAAGUUUAACUGGUGGUUAUUAUUACAAACAAGAUUCAUUGAUGAGCAGCUACAAUUUUUAGUAAGAGAAUUGGAAAAAUCAGAGAGAUAUGAACAAUACGUACAUAUCCUUACUCACCUACCAGUUGGUAACAACGAUUGUAUACAACCAUGGGAGGCCAGUUACACUAAAAUAGUCGAAAGAUACGCUCAUAUUAUAAAAGGACAGUUUUAUGGCCAUACUGGUACUGAUGGAUUUAAAAUAUUCUAUGACACGUACAGUCGUCCUAUUAACGCCGCUUUCAAUGGGGCAAAUUUAUCACCCUACCAAAAUUCCAAUCCGGCCUACAAAAUAGUACAUGUCCAUCCUGAUACAAUGGACGUCGUUGAUAUCGAAACCCAUUAUUUCAAUUUGACAGAAGCAAAUCUCAGUCCAAAUAAGAGCCCGAACUGGAAAAAAUUAUAUGCCAUGAAAGAAGCCUACGAUCUAUCGGAUCUGUCACCAAAGAGUUUAAAUGACUUGGUAGAUGUAUUGUUUACUGAUACAGAUUUAAUGAUUAACUACUGGAAAUACUCUGUAAGACUUGCUGAUCCAUCGCUCAAUGAAUUAUGCAAUUUGAAUUGUCGUCAUAAAAUACGCUGUAAGAUUGUUACCACAAUAUCUGGACAACCUAAAAGACGACGGUGCAAAUAGCUGACUUUGUAAUCUUCUUAUGAUUGUAUUAAAACUAGAAUAAAAUUUAUUUUUAAACAAUUAAACUAUUGAAUGUUUAGA